CACCUGACCUGUGUCACUUAUCAAUGAUGGAGUCUCUCACAGAGAGUGAAAUAUCGCAGAUAGCGAGACACCAGAGAGAUGCUGGUGUGCAGAGGCUGAGUCGUCACUUCUCAUGGCUCGAGCUCUCUGAUGAGCGGCGCCUCUUCCAUCAGGAGUUUGUGUUUGACGUCGCCAUGUUUGCUGCGAGCCGUGGUUUCUCCUGGACUGACGUGAUCCGGGCAGCCGAGAUCGCAAAAGGCCUCUUUCCUCGACUGGGGGGUAAGAGCAAAAACAGAGCUUCACCUGGAGGUCUCGACGUUCCCAACCUCUUAUCCCUGCUGAGAGAUGAGCUGUCCGAGUAUUUGCCGAACCUCACCCCUCUCCACCAACAAGACUUCACCCAGUUCCUCACACACACCCUCACCGCCCGGAGGAGGCUCUUCCAGGCGGCUGUGAGUGGAGCCUCCAACAUGUCCAUCGCUCAGCUACACCUGGAGGUGCAGGUGCCGCCCACACCCUGUCCUCUGGCUCAGGCGUUGGUUGGUGCAGCAGUGAGGGCCACAGAGGGCCAGAUGCUGGAGAGUCUGGACUGAGAGGCCUCUCUGCUCGUUGAUAUCC